CCAAGUAAAUAAAAAGAUUUCGAUUUCACUUUUGUACCGUUGUUGGAGUUUCAGCAUGUUUUAGUUUCCAAAAGUCUACAGAUAUUGUAACUAGAGAGUGUGAUUUGUUAAUUUAAAGUUUGAAGGUGUCGAAUUCACUAGAAAUAAAGCUAUGGAUCAAGAAAAGCCUGGGUCCAGUGUGAACCAUGGUAAACGGACCCGACCUUUGUUACUGCAACCGAGGGCCAAGAUCCCUAGAGUGGCUGCGUACGUGAGUUCAACGUCCAGCUCCGUUCUUAAGAACUCCAAAAAGUUGAGUCCAAACUCACCAAAGAAAUCCAACGUUACAUAUAAUGAAAGCGAUGUGCCAGCACCUGGUACACCUGUGCCAGAAAAAUUGGUUCGUAAGGCGGGACCUUACUUGUUAGGGCCUAAACUAGGGCCUAGUCCUGUGAAAAGUAUAGUCCAAUGUUUAGCAAGGAAGGAAAAGACUGAUGAUUUCUACCAAAUAAAGAUAUUGAGCUUAAGGAAUGAGGGUCAGGUUGAGACUCAGGAUGAUAGGCAAGGGAAAAUGCUUCUGCACACUGAGUACUCACUGUUAUCUCUGUUGAAGGACCAGGAUGGUGUUAUUCAUCAUCAUGGACUGUUUAAGGAUCACGCUUUAGAAGAGGUGCCAAAUCCAAAGGGCCCGGGCUACAUCUACACAGGCCGUGUUAGACAAAGACUGUUUUUAGUUCUAGACAGUGUCACUGCCCACCAGUUUAGUGAAAAGGGCAGUGAGCUUAUAAAUCUCCAACAAUAUGUCACUAAAGUCAAGAAAGUCCCAGAAAAAGAAGCUAUACUGAUAUUUUAUGACAUUGUUAGGGUCGUAGCUAAUUUGCACAAAACAAAUAUAGUACAUAGAGAUUUGAAACUGGGGAACAUAGUUUUAAAUCAACGAACUGGAAGAGUGAUCUUAACUAAUUUUUGUCUCGGAACACAUUUAGGAAGCGAUAGGGAUCUCUUGAAAGAUCAGAGAGGUUCCCCAGCCUACAUAUCCCCAGAUGUGCUGAUGUGUAAACCUUACCUCGGCAAGCCUUCUGACAUGUGGGCGUUGGGUGUGGUUCUGUACACAAUGCUGUACGGACAGUUCCCAUUCUGUGACACAAGUCUCGCACAGCUGUUCAGUCGCAUACAGGCCGCCAACUAUAAUAUACCGCCGGAUGGAAAUUCAGUUCAAGCAUCGGACAACACAGUGUUUCUGAUUCAGAGAUUGCUGGUGAAGGAUCCGAAACACAGAUUGCUUGCCGACCAGGUUCUAGACCAGUUGUCCAGUAUCAUAGCGAGCUACGUCAUCAUACCGAAUCCACCGGAAGAUCUGCAAGUGGUACCCGACGUGGCUCUAGACGAGGAGAAGGAGAAACCGGCGUCAAACGGCUCGAGUGAGAUCGAGAGGAAACCCUUCUUGACCAUUCCUGAUAGUGGGGAGAGAACACCGAAGGCUAAUGAGGAAUUAAACGUGUUCUGCGUGCCUCUACCAGACUUCCUAGCUUUAAACUUCCCGUCGCCGACUAGAGGUAACCAAAACAGCAUCCUGGUACAAUCGGCAGCGCCCGUCGACACCAACCAAAAUCAACGGCAAAUCACCGUGCAGAGAAUAGGCAGAGACGCGCGACCUUUGCUACCUAUAGAAAUAGCUAGGUACCAGCACAUGUUCACAAACCAACGCUCGGAGAGUUCCAGAAGAACCGAAGUGCAGAACUUCGUAUCGGAGGCCAGGAGCGACCGUCCGGAAAAUUCCCGACUAAGAACGUUAGCUCAAAGGAUUCCUCGGUUAUCACCCAUCGUGCCAGUCGCCUGGUCUGAAAGAUCCCGGUUGCAAAUGGACAGACUAGACCAGGAUUACGUUCUACGGUUGCCAGUUCUGGAUCUUUCUAGAAUAUCGAGUAAUAAUAGGAUAAUGAACCCUGCUCCGACUCAUACGGUCAAUCCGGAAGCUGUUGUAAACAAUCCUCGACCGCCUGUUGAUCCUGUCUUCGAUUUUUUGUAAGCUCGUAGCCGCACUUGGGGGGGGGGGGGGUUUCCCCAAAA